AUGUGGUCCGAGUCUUCCGGACAGAGGCGCGACAAUGAGGAUAUGUCCGGGAAACCAGGUGUAUCAACACAGGGAAGGCCGAGUUGCGACUCAGGAAUUCAAACGCAACAACAGAGGUGGCAGCGAAAGUUCCGAAAGACCAGCGUCCGGAAUCGGGAGAAGCAACUAGACGACGGCCAGGAUCACACUAUACGAGUGUGGUCGUACCUGUGGGCUCACAUCUCGCAUUCUUUGGACGUCGGGAGUGUGAACUUGGAUUGGAGAGCGAGAUUUUCUCUGUUUAUGCUCUGGAGCGUGAGGUCUGUCUCUCAACCGCUGAAGCACUUUGGAAGAUGGGUGGAGAAGGCAAUUAACCUUUGUGCAUCCAAUGGAGGAAUUCUCAGGACCUUGUAUACUCUUUCGAUGGAUCCACAAGGGCUUGUUGAUCCUUCCGAGGAUUCGGAGAGCUACCUAACUUUCAACGGCCACAUGGAACCAAGAAUCAGGCUCCUCCAAGCCCCUUCGUCUCAGCGUCUGUGUCUUUCAUGUCCAGACUCCAAAGCGGUAGCAGAUGUUUGUGCUAUGGCGUCUAACGUUGCGUAUGAGAACCCAAAGUUCAUCGAAUUUGUCGUGAAUCAGAAUUGGAAGAUGCAUCUACUAGGAACUUACAACUGUUGGAACGAGUUUCAGAAAAAAAUCUCGACUCAAGCAUUCAUCUUUGCGGACCGGGAAACUGAUGCCGGAGCCAUCGUUCUUGCCUUCCGGGGAACGGAAGCCUUCAAUGCAUACGACUGGUGCACAGACUUGGAUUUCUCCUGGUACGAGCUCCCGCAGCUCGGCCGUGUCCAUCUCGGAUUCCUCGAAGCACUGGGCCUGGGCGACAGGACCAGGAUGCAAAGCUUCCAGAGGUUGAAGCAGAACAUCUACGAGAACUCGAGGACUCCGUUGCCACAGACUCCAACAUCUGGAUUACCCGACUUUGUCCUCAGCGAUGAGACGAAGCUGCUCGCAUACGACCACAUCAGCGCGGAGCUCGUCACCAUCCUCCGGAACCACAGAAACGCAAAGCUCUACAUCACCAGUCACAGCCUCGGCGGCGCUCUGGCGACGCUCUUCACCGCCAUGCUCUUCUACAACCGGGAAGAGAAUCAAGUCUUUUACAACACCGAGGACGACGUUGCCAGGAGGCUCGCGGCGCUCUAUACGUUUGGCCAGCCCCGCGUUGGAGACAAGAGCUUUGCGUCCUUCAUGGACACCAGCUUAAACAAGCCAACCAUGAGGUACUUUAGAGUUGUCUACAAUAACGACAUUGUAGCUCGAGUUCCCUUCGACAACUCUUUGUUUGGCUUCAAGCAUUUCGGGAAUUGCUGCUACUUCACUUACAACUACACCCUCCAGAUCCUUCCGGACGAGCCAUUUCCCAAUUUCCUCUCCCCGGUUUACAUGGUGCUGUCCCGGCUUUACGCGCUGUUCGAGCUCGUCCAGAGCUUCUUCAUGAGCUAUAGAUAUGGCGGGGAGUUUAGCGAGACGAGGUUGUCCACUGUGGCAAGGAUUGCAGGCUUGCUCGUGCCUGGGAUCGCCGGCCACAGCUUGGUGAAUUACAUCAACUGCGUCAGGCUGGGGCCCGACCAUCUCGAUCCGGCGUGCCUGCAAAACACGGAGUGGGAUAAAUCCCAGUAAGCAUCGCAACUUGGUACAUGUCAAAUAAAACUUACACAUGGUGUCAUUCAGAAAAUAUAAAAAAUGAACAC